GUGAAAUGAACGCCGCCACCAACCAACAGCGCUUUAUAUUAAAAUGAAAUUAUAUCAUUUGGCAUCGGCGCCUGAUGCCUCUGUUUGCCAACCUGCGGAAAGGCUGACAGCCGCUAGACGGCGACCCGCGACAGGGUUCGCCGCAGAAACGGAUUAGCGCAGGCGCCAACGCAGACUCCACCGCAUCGAGAGAUGGCGAUUUUCAUUGUCAACUGCCUUAUUGGCGGCGCUUCGCUUCGAUCGUGGAAAGGCUGGAUUCAUUCUCAUGUGCUCGUCCUGGUACCUGGACCUGCCUUGGAACCUGUAUACAGUACGCUGCUGCUUCUCGCUUGUGUCUUGAACUCAACAAGCAGUGAAAGCAGGAUGCUGGAGGCCACCGCGAGCAAGCCGCCAAGGGGAUUUCUGUUGGCGCUACGGCGUCUCUGCCGCUGCUCGCGUCACAUCCCUUUGGGGCUUAGAGGGCCGUUUGUCAGUCUCGGCGCCAAUCAAGCAUUCUGCUCUGGCGGUUUGUCGCCUGCACCGUCUUGGCCAGCGUUCAUUCAGCCUCGGCCACUGGCCCCCUGCAGCUUGCAGCUCGCAGCUCGCGGCUCGUAGCAAACGGGAGAAUCCCUCAGAUCCAGUGGGUUGCCUAGUCUCGUAUACUUGCAGCGUCAACAAGCCACUUCAUUAAACUCUCCCUGG